AUGUUCCAGGCUACUGACGAGCAUACCGGCAGCAAGCAUGCUUUACCCGACGCGAGCACCAGCAACGCGGAGGUGAGCAUUAACCAAGGCGAGGCUAUUCAAACCGACUUAAUCAACAGACUGAACGACCUGGACCGACAGCGAAAAGAAAUCAUUGACUUAAUAAGAGACGUUAACCGACAAAGACAGGCUGGAGAGGAGGGGAAUUUCUCUUUCCCCAAAAACCCUGCUCGCCACCCCACCUCUUCCCAAACCUACCAGCCACUCAAAUUAUCAAACGCCUUUCAAUCUAUUGCACCCGAAGAGGAAAUGGAAACAGAAACUGACGUGACUAAAACGGACUCGACGACUACAAUGACAUACCCAACCAACCCCACAUAUUCAUCCAAGACGACUCACGCACCGACACGGCAGCACAGACGACAAAUAGGAACUGUACACAUCGACAACAAAGAAUUGAAAGACGCACAAGGACUUAAAGAACUCAUGACCAUUGCACCCGAC